AUGGUCCCAUUUCUGUCGGAUAAUUUCGACACCCUGAAAGAUGUCCUGUUUGGCGGCCUUUGCUGGCAGUCAGAAGAUCCUUCGGUCCAAAUCAUGGGUGUUCUUAGCUGGCUUCACAUACCGGUCUUCCACAUGUUCUUACUUCGCAAGAAGAACAUGCUGAGUGAGCUUGCCAGCCAUGUGCUAUCAGUCUGGUGCAUGCCGACGGUGAUCCGGCAGGACGUGACGGAGGGGUCAGUUGGCUUGGUGUCACGGGUCUGGAACAAAGUUAUCCCGAUACUAUAUCGCCAGACCACACCCACCAAGCAGGAAAUGCUGUUGGUGGAGAACACACCGCAGGCAUUAAUGGCUACAGUAUAUACAGACAUCGCCCUGCCUAUUACACAGAUCCUUGUUUCGUACGUGGUGUUCCCAAAGCUGAGAAAUGCAGCCGCUCCUUGGUUCUCCACGAAGCUGAACGCUGCAAUUCGAGACGGCGACAUCUUGACCAUGGAUCGAAUCUGGGACGAGGCCACACGGGUUCAGUUGCAGGGACGGGCACUUGUUUUGUGCUGUCAGCCUCAGUCGCAUGACGAAGAGGCAGAUUUCGAGCGGGCUCCAAAGCUGCUGGCGGCCGUCCUGGAUGGGCUCCCGAUUUUCAGAGACAUGUUCCCGAAUCGGGAAGACUUGACAGGCUCUGGGUUCUACGGCCCCAAACUUCGACAAAUGGAUGCGAGAAUCUGUGCAACUCCAUGUCGCCGGAAACGCUCUCAACGUUCAUGA